AGCUUUUGGACCCUGGGAAGUUGAGAGAGGGGUCCAUCUUUUCCUGCAACUCCACUUGGGAAAUGCAGUGAGAACAGCUGAGAUGAUUCAUCCCAAUCCAUGUCUAGGCAGCUAGACUUGGACUAGCCAAGAUGGAUGGGAGUGGUGUAAAGGAAUUCAUUAGCCAUGGAUGCAUUCAUGAAAGGACUGUCAAAGGCCAAGGAGGGAGUCGUGGCUGCUGCUGAGAAAACCAAACAGGGUGUGGCAGAAGCAGCAGGAAAGACAAGAGACGGUGUUCUCUAUGUAGGCUCCAGAACCAAGGAAGGAGUGGUCCACGGUGUGACAACAGUGGCUGAGAAGACCAAAGAGCAAGUGACGAAUGUUGGAGAGGCGGUGGUGACAGGGGUGACCGCAGUCGCACAGAGGACAGUGGAGGGAGCAGGGAACAUCGCGGCCGCUACUGGCUUUGGCAGAAAGGACCAGGUGGGCAAGAGUGAAGAAGGAGCUCCACAGGAAGGAAUUCUGGAAGAUGUGCCUGGGGAGCCUGACGAGACUUAUGAAAUGCCUUCUGAGGGAGGUUAUCAAGACUACGAGCCUGAAGCCUAAGAAAUCUCUUUGCUCCCAGUUUCUCAAGAUCUGCUGACAGAUGUUCCACCCUGUACAAGUGCUCAGUUCCAACAUGCCCAGUCAUUUUCCCAAAGUUUUUACAGCGUAUUUUGGAUUCUUCCAUCAGCAGUGAUUGAAGUAUCUGUACCUGCCCCCCACUCAGCAUUUCGGUGCUUCGGUGAAUAUAUGGUAGCAGGUCCCUGUGUGCUGUGUGGAUAUUGUGGCUUCAAAUAAAAAAUGUUAAAACAAAUUAAAAACACCUAAGUGACUACCACUUAUUCCUAAAUCUUCACUAUUUUUGUUGUUGUUGCUCUUGUUGAGGAGUUGUGACUUACUAUCAUAUAUUUUAAGAUUUUUAGGUGUCUUUUAAUGAUUCUAAGAAUAAUGAUGUAUUGUGAAACUUGCUAAUAUAUGUAAUACUUAAAAAUAUGUGAGCAUGAAACUAUGCACCUAUACAUAUUAACUAUGAAAUUUUACUGUUUUGUGGUGUGUUUUGUGUUUGUAUAUAAAUGGUGAAAAUUAAAAUAAAAUGUUAUCUCAUUA